UCGCAAGUUGUGUCUGACUAUCACGUGACGAGGUGCUGGUUGCUUGAGACGGAAGUAGCUCGUCGCGACAUUGAGCUCCGUUGUGAAUGUAGUACAGUAGUAGCUGCCACUAACAGUAAAGAUGGUGGUGUUUAGUGCUAGAAAGUAAAUGUUUGACAGUAACACGCUACGUGAGGUGUGACAGUUAGCCAGGUGGAGGAGGUACAGUAGUAGCUGCCACUAACAGGUGGAGGAGGUACAGUAGUAGCUGCCACUAACAGGUGGAGGAGGUACAGUAGUAGCUGCCACUAACAGGUGGAGGAGGUACAGUAGUAGCUGCCACUAACAGGUGGAGGAGGUACAGUAGUAGCUGCCACUACAGGUGGAGGAGGUACAGUAGUAGCUGCCACUACAGGUGGAGGAGGUACAGUAGUAGCUGCCACUACAGGUGGAGGAGGUACAGUAGCUAUGUGGGUGUUCGGUUAUGGCUCUCUGAUCUGGAAGGUGGAUUUUCCUUAUGAGGAGAAGCGGAUCGGCUACAUUGAAGGCUUCAGCCGGCGCUUCUGGCAAGGCAGCACCGACCACAGGGGAGUGCCAGGCAAGCCUGGCCGAGUCGUGACUCUGGUGGAGGACCCAGAGGGUUGUGUCUGGGGCGUGGCAUAUAAGCUGCCGUCUGGCCGAGAGCAGGAAGUGAAAUGUUACCUUGACUACCGGGAGAAGGGCGGUUACCGCGUCAUUGCAGUGAACUUUCACCCCCGACCCUCCGUGACCCCCACACGACACACUGACACUCCCCCUGCACCCAGCCAGGCUCUGCUCUACAUCGGUUCUAAUGACAGCCCUGACUACCUGGGCCCCGCCCCCCUGGAACUGAUAGCCAAUCAGAUUGUAGAUGCAGUCGGACCGAGCGGACGGAACACUGAAUACCUGUUUUCACUGGCUGAGGCGCUGAGGACCCUCCUCCCUGAAGACUCAGACACACACCUCUUCUCUCUGGAAGACCUGGUUAGAGAGAGACUAACACACACACGUACUACAAGUACUGUGUCAGUAAACCAUCGCAGGGAUGCUGUAGAUUGUCAGUCAUGUGAUUGUCUCCAGGACCAUUCAGAGCUGGGUCAGGGUCAGGGUCAGGGUUGGGACCUUUCAAAGUUGGGUCAGGGUUAGUAGAAUAUGUACCAAACCUGCCAGGUCAGUGUUUAUUUUGCUGCGUUCAAAACAACUGGGAAUUCGAUAAAAAACGAGCUCUGACUGGAGAGAAAUCGAUUUGAACGAUCAUCCAACUCGGGAACUCGGCCUCUUUCUAGAGCUCCGCCUCUUUCUAGAGCUCCGCCUCUUUCUAGAGCUCCGCCUCUUUCUAGAGCUCCGACUUUCCGACCUGAAGAUCACUGACGUCAUGAUUUGACCUCGUAUCUUUACCAAUUCCCAGUAGUUUUGAACGCGGCGUUAGUCCUGUCUCUAAGGACUGGUUUACUGUUCAAGAUCUCUCACUAGUCCUGUCUCUAAGGACUGGUUUACUGUUCAAGAUCUCUCACUAGUC